ACGGUGCGUUCUCACCGAAUCCCAAUUUCAAAAAUUCCUUCCACAAGCUUCAAGCGCUUUCGGCUUUCGACUUUCGACUUUUUUGAAAAGUGAUUCUUCUGAUUCGCGACUGAGACAGACACGGAAAGAGAGAGAACAAUGGAUGCUGCAAAGUUACGAGAGCUGAAGGAGUUCAUCAGCAAGUGCAAGUCAAACCCUUCAAUUAUUCACACCCCUUCUCUCGCCUUCUUCAAGUCCUAUCUCCAAAGCCUCGGUGCUCGGAUUCCGCCGGUUCCGGAAAUGCAGGAUAAAGAUGACGGUGACAUGUCAGACACGAAACAACAUUUUGAUGUCAAACGUGAACCAUCUGGGGAUAAUGACGAUCACAUUGUUGAAUCUGAUAUCGAGUUGGAUGUUACUGAUGUUGUGGAGCCUGAUAACGAUCCUCCACAGAAGAUGGGAGAUCCGUCAAUUGAAGUUACAGAAGAAAUGCAGGAUGCUGCACAAACAGAAAAAUCAAAAGCUAUUGAUGCUAUCUCUGAAGGUAAGCUGGACGAAGCCAUAGAUCAUAUAACAGAAGCCAUAGUGUUGAACCCAGCUUCAGCUAUACUAAAAGCAACCAGAGCUAGUGUCUUUGUCAAACUGAAUAAACCAAAUGCGGCAAUUCGUGAUGCUAAUGCAGCUUUAGAGAUUAACCCUGACUCUGCAAAAGGAUAUAAAAUGAGAGGAAUGGCUAAGGCCAUGUUGGGUCAAUGGGAAGAGGCAGCGAGUGAUCUGCAUGUAGCAUCAAAGUUAGAUCAUGAUGAGGAGAUUGGUUCGGUGCUUAAAAAGGUUGAACCUAAUGUUCACAAAAUUGAAGAGCAUCACAGAAAGUAUGAACGCUUGCGUAAAGAAAGGGAGUCAAAAAGAGCUGAACAGGAGAGAAAGCAGCAAGCUGAAGCUCGAGAACGGGAUGCGUCGUCUGCUCUUAAGGAUGGAGAAGUAAUUGGUAUACACUCAGCCAGAGAAUUAGAGACAAAGUUGAAUGCUGCUUCAAAGACAUCGCGCCUUGCAAUCCUCUACUUCACAGCAACAUGGUGUGGUCCUUGCCGCUUCAUAUCUCCUUUGUAUACAAGCUUAGCUGGAAAGUACAAAAAAGUCGUUUUUUUGAAAGUUGACAUCGAUGAGGCAAGAGAUGUGGCUGCAAACUGGAAUAUCAGCAGUGUUCCGGCCUUUUUCUUUGUGAAAAACGGUAAGGAGGUUGACAAGAUGGUGGGGGCAGACAAAACUGCACUAGAAGGGAAGAUUGCACAACAUGCAGGGUCAAUCUGAGCAAAUCCUGGUGCGAUUCUGUUGGCCUUUGUAAUGGUACUUGCUUAAGUCAUAAACUGAAAGAGGUUUCCAUCUGGGAAGAUUGUUAUAUUCCGACAAAGUUGUGUCGUAAAAUUACUAAUUUAUGUGUGUGUACUGGAAAUAAAAUGUUACUUUCUCGCCCAGUCGGAUCUUUUACUGGAGACUACCAAUAUGAAAUGAUCUGUAUUUCCUCUA